CUGACUAUCGAUAAGCACAGCUGUCAGCUGUUUUACGUACUUAUCGUUUUGCUUGCACAACAAUUUUGCGGCAUUUUUCCAAUAUUUUACUAAGUUUUCUACAAUUUACUGAAACAAAAUGCGUCUAACCAGUGUUUUAUUCAAGAAAGUGAAGAGCAAGCGAAUCAUGGUUGUGCUGGAAAGUGUGGUCAGUGGACAUCAAUAUAAUGCCUUUCGGGAUCGUUUGGCCGAGAAAUUGGAGAUAAUACGCUUCGAUCCGUACAUUCAACAGGAAAGCCUGUAUCGCGAACGCAAGAAAAUCCGCAGCGCCUAAGGAGUAUCCCAUUUAUUUUUGAUAUUCCCUUUUUAGUUAGU